AUGGUUUCUAAUGCUACAUAUGGUAGCUCUGAUGAUUACAUUGGCCUUGCUCUCCCAGUGGAUAUCAAUGAAAUAUUUCAGGUAAAGGAAACUCCGUAUUUCCAGAAGAAAACCACGCCUCCUUUUGAUGACCGUGGAGCUAGGGUGUUUGCACCUGAUGCAGGAGGUCUUCCAUCAGGUACAAGUGAUGUUGUCAAAAGCCCUUUUCAGAUGCUCCGACAGCAGAUCAGUCUUACAGAAAUAAUGAAUACUAGCCGUUUAGAUGCCUCUCAGUUUUUAGAAAAUACAGAGGAUACAGGGCUACAAGAGCACACAGAUGAGAACUGCCUUUAUUGUGUCUGCGUUCAAGUACUGGGUUAUGAGCCUAACAACAAGGUGAACUCUUCAUACAGUCGUACAGACAUUCCAUAUACUGACUGGUGUGGGCAAACCAUACACAAUCACUUAGAUGUGCAUUCCUCUAAAUUUUCUGGAAUUUCAGGCUGUAGUGAUGCGGUAUCCCAUGGUUCAGCUAGCAGCACCAAGAGUACAGAACUUGUACUAGGAGUAAAAUCCAUCCCAGAUGAUACACCAGUGUGCAGAAUACUUCUGCGGAAAGAAGUCUUACGUUUAGUAAUCAAUUUGAGUAGUUCAGUAGGAACAAAGGGCCAUGAAACUGGACUCCUGACAAUUAAAGAGAAGUAUCCCCAAGCAUUUGAUGACAUAUGUCUGUACUCUGAGGUGUCCUACUUGUUAGCACAUUGUACAUUUCGACUUCCAUCUCGAAGGUUCAUUCAGGAGCUCUUUCAAGAUGUACAGUUCUUACAAAUGCAUGAAGAAGCAGAGGCUAUUUUAGCAACACCAACAAAACAACCAGUAAUCGAUGCAUCAGCUGAAUCCUGACCUCUGUGUUGUGCAGUUCAUUGCAUAUAGACUUUCUGAAAUCCUCAGACAACCUCUGACUGACUGGAUUAAAAAAAAAAAGCUUUGGAGCAUUGUCUUCUAGACCGUUCCAGAAGCUACUGGUACCUGAAGACUGAACUGAAAACUUUUUCUUCCUCAACCAAUUAUUGCCCCAGUCUUUUGAGCCCUUUGGGGAGUUAUUAAACAUUACCAUAGUUUUAAUAAUAGUAAUUACCAGUAUAUGCAAGAGCCGAGCACUGAACACCUCCACAAGUUUUCAUUUCAUUUUCUACCAUAAAUUAAAAACAGGACAACAUGCAGAGACAUCUUUUUUUGAUUGACUCCUGAUUCUGUUCCAGAGAAGCAGAAUUAUGCCUUGCUUUUUAACCGCUGGAUACCGGGAAUCAGAGAAAUGAUGGUGUGUUCCAUUGCCAGCAGCAGGGAGCCAUGCUGUAAUCGUGGACACCAGGGGAUUGAUGUUAGCCCUUCUCUCUUGGUUUUUGUACUGUUUAUAACACUACUUGGGGGUUUGUAACUUCAGACAGAAAGAAAAGCCUCUCUGAAUCUGAGGUUUCCUUUAAGUUAAUUUAAUGUUGCUAUAGUUGUAAGUCAUUUUAUUAUCAGUCUCUCCAAUUUCAUUACAUUUACGUACAUGUAUCUUACCUGAACCAGUUAAGGAUUUUCACUACAGUUUGAUUUUAAAAAUAACAAAUCAUUUGAACUUAAAAUGCUGAAAUCACAUUGUUUUCCCUGAAUGAUAUGCAUGUGUUUGCAGUUUCUACACUCAUGCUCAUAUAGUACAAAUGUGGGUCUUACUCUUAACUAAAAUCCUUUAAAAAGCAUGAUUUGUAUCAGAUAAAUGAAUAUUGUAUAAACUAAACUUGAAGACAUUUAAUCAUUGCUGCUUUUGUGAGAAUACAUAAUAUGAGUGUUUUCAAAGUUCCAUGGAAACAGCCUUUUAUAAAAAUGAAGGUUUAUUUGAAUUUUCAAUGGAUGACUGAUCAAGCAUCAGAUAGUACCAAUUGUAGUGAAACGCCUUAAGUACCAAAUUUUCGAGCAGCAGUACUUUAAAAUUUUAUAUUGGUAUUUAAGACUUGUUGCAAAACUUAAAUGAUACAGUGACUGUUAAUGGCUGAAAUAGUUGCCUCUAUCACGUUACUAGUGAGGUUUCUAAAUUCAUGAAUGCAAGCUUAA